AUGAAUUCUUCAACAGAGAAAAACGAGGCAGUAGCCAGCGCCGUCCCGGCAGAGGAGGCGACGAAGCCAUUUCAAAGGAAAAUGGCUACUAUUGAAGAUGAUGACGAGAGGCUGCUUAAUCAGAUUGGUUAUGCUCAGGAUAUGAACAGGCAUUUCAAUCAAUGGUCAAUUUUAUCAUACGCAGUAUCUGUCCUAGGAGUCCUUGGCUCCCAACCCGCCACAUUCGGAGUGCCGCUCAGCUUGGGUGGUCCUGCUGGUGCAGUAUGGGCGUGGUUGAUUGGAUCGAUCAUGUCAUCAUUUACAUCCGCUUCUGUGGCCGAAUUGGUCUCUGCAUAUCCCACGGCAGGAGGGAUGUAUUUCGUCACAAAAUCUGUGGUUCCUCCUGAACAUGCAGCUUUAUGGGCAUGGGUUGUCGGUUGGCUGAAUCUCCUUGGUCAAGCUGCUGGUGUAGCAAGUGUUUGGUAUACUGUCUCUCAAAUGAUUCUGGCUACAGCUACGAUGAACUCAGGCUUCGAUGUAGAUGCAGGCGUCUACUCGUACAAACCAACACCCGUUCAAAUUGUCCUGCUCGCAAUCGCGUUUCUCAUCGCAUCAGGAAUCGUCUGCUCAUUAACGACACGAAAACUUCACCAGAUUGAAAUGUGGUUCGGCCCGAUCAAUGUGAUCGGCACAAUUUCUAUCUGCAUCGCACUCUUGACACUCACACCAAAACUUCAAAGUGCCAAAUGGGUAUUUGGCGAGUUCAAGGAUGGCUCAGGUUGGGGAACCGGGUUCUCCUUCCUCUUAAGCUUUCUCUCCGUCGCAUGGGUCAUGACAGACUACGAUGCGACCACUCACAUGUCAGAGGAAACCCACAAUGCCGCCAUUCAAGGACCGAAAGCCAUCAGAUGGUCAAUUACCAUCAGCGGUAUUCUUGGCUGGAUAUUAACCGUCACGCUAUGCUUCUGUAUCGAUGACUUUGACUCGGUAGUCACAUCACCAACCGGCCUGCCUGCGGCGCAGCUAUUCCUCAACGCUGGUGGUCAGGCGGGAGGAACCGCGAUGUGGUUCUGGGUUAUAGUCGUCCAAACCUUCACCGGCCUCUCCGCAAUGCUAGCUCUCACCCGUAUGGCCUAUGCCUUCUCUCGAGAUGGCGCCUUGCCAUUCUCCAGCUUCUUCUCCCGCGUAAACACCCACACCAAAACCCCCGUCAACGCCGUCUGGCUCUGCGUCCUCUUCUGCAUCUGCAUGGUCCUCAUCGCCAUCGGCUCCACCCAAACCAUCGUCGCCAUCUUCAACAUCACCGCCCCAGCCCUCGAUUUCUCCUACGCCCUCGUCAUCCUCGCCCGCAACAUCUACGCCCACCGCAUCAAAUUCAUUCCCGGUCCCUACCAGCUCGGCAAAUGGCAGAAACCCAUCAACGCCAUCACCUUCACCUGGGUCAGCUUCAUUAGCGUGGUCCUCCUGUUCCCGACGGUCAGGCCGGUCACGGCGGUUAAUAUGAAUUACGCUGUUGCGGUGGGGGCGUUUAUUGGGGUAUUUAGUCUUACUUGGUGGUUUGCGGGGGCGAGGAGGACGUAUACGGGGCCGAGGACUAAUGCUAGGCUUGUUAGUGUGGGGGAUGAGGAUGGGAAUUUUGUUGCGAGACCGGAUGGGAUUGAUGAUGUGGCUACGCCGACUGUGGGGAGUGAAGGAAGUUAA